CUUGACUAUGUUAGGCCGCGACCCAAGAUGUCGAGUUGUGUUAACAAAUCAGUCAAAAUUAGGUAAAUCCGUGCACCAUCAUCCUUCAUUUUUUUUAAUCUUGUAUUCUCUUCAACACUUUUGAGCUUGGCGUUGUGUGUUUUUUCCUUAUAAAAUAAUCAUUAAGGGAAAGAAUUUUCUUGGGAUUUGUUCAAAUUUCGAUGAUGUCUUGUAAUUUGAAACUUCAAAUGGGCAUAUAAAGAAUAUUAUUGGUGUGAUGGCUUGUGUGGAAAGAUGGUAUAUAGACAUGUCACCAGAAAAGAGCCGUGGGAGUUCUACACAUACAAGGGGCAGAGGUUAGAAGAUUUCUCAUUUCUGUACCUAAUUCAUAGAGAAAAUGUCUAUCAUUAACAAGGGAAAUGCAGAGAAGAGAAAAGAGAAGAAGAGGCAAGUGCUUUAUAGGAUAGCCAUGAAGAACCCUUAUGCAGAAAUGCUCAGUUGUGAUUUCAUUGAAGUUGCCAAGCUGAAACACGGCCUAGUUGCAAUCCAAGUUUGCCCAGAUUCUGAUCCUGUUUGGAAAGAGAUGCCUUCAAAUUGUAGAGACGUGUGUAAAUCAGAGCAGGUAAAUUUUUUAAGUCCAAUAUGUGAAGCAAAUUCAGGAGGAAAGGCUUUGAAGCGGGUGUCAAAGCAUUCUUCCAAACGAGUUCCUGGGACUACUGCUGUUUUAUCCAUAGCCCGGAAGAAGAUUACCUCCAGAAGACGUUUACGCUGUCAUUCGGCAGGUCCUGAAUUAGAGUUGAAGUCAAUUCUCUAUCCUAAAGAAAAUAAAACUGGAUUCAGAGAUGUUGAAAGAACUAGUAAUUCUGAAAGUGCAUCGGUUGGUGGUGGGGGUGGAGCCUUGGAAGAUGGCUUUGUCAGCCUUGUCCAUGAACACGGGGAAGCUCCUUUGAGCACAUCAUCUCUUUGCUUAAAAGAGCUGCAAGAAUCUACUCCUGGUUGGCCCCUCCUCCGAACAGCUGUUCCGGUGAGUGAGGAAGCUUUGAGUAAAUCAGAAGCAAGAGAAUUGUCUGUGGUCCAGUGGGUGAUGAGUCUGCCUAACCGGUCAUGCCCUGUAAUUAUGCGAACUCAGAAUGAAGAAAAUGAUAAUUCUAUAGUUCAUGAUGAAUGGGAGAUCGAAACAACAAGUGUCCAAGUUGUUCAAACCUCUGAAGGCAAAUCAUUAUAUGGCAAUCAGAAAGAUGAGAAUCUUAGCCUUCAAGCUAUUCAAGCUUCUGAAGACAAAUCAAUGGAUGGCAGUGAGAACACAGAAAAUGAGGAUUUUGGCCACGCUAGUGAAUACAAGGGGCAAGUUUGCCUGCAACAAUCAAUGCUAGGUUGGCCUCUUCUCCAGAAAACAGCUUCUGCAACUCCAGAAGCCUUCAGAGAAUCCAAAUUAGCUAAUAAAUUGAGUGUGGUUCAAUGGGCAAUGAAACUGCCAGAUCGAAACCAAAUUGGCUUGGGUUCAAACACAAUAGAAAGUACUCCUCUUGAAAGAGAAACCAAUGAUUCUGAAGUUAAUGAAAACAACAUUAAUUCUCCGGCAGUAUCAGCAAAGCUACCCAAGGAGUUGGAUCUUCACAAAACAAACUCAUCUGGUUGCAGAUGGUUCAGCUAUGAGGAGCUAAAGAGGGCAACUUCUCAAUUCUCCUCAGAAAACCUCAUAGGAGAGGGAGGUUGCAGCAGUGUAUACAAGGGGCAUCUUCCCUGCGGCCAGCCAGUGGCAGUAAAGAUUUCAAAAUCAUACAAGGAAGCAUGGAACAAUUUUUCCCAGGAAAUCAACAUCACCACUUCGUUAAAUCACAAGUACAUCGCACCCCUCAUUGGCAUAUGUGUUGAAGACAGCCAUCUUAUAUCGGUCUAUGACUUUGUACCCAAAGGAAGUUUAGAGGAAAACCUACAUGGUGAUCGGGUAUUGCCAUGGGAAGUGAGGUUCAAAGUGGCUGUUGUGGUUGCUGAAGCCCUGAAUUAUCUGCAUGAUGAAUGUUCUCCGCCUGUGAUUCACAGAGACAUAAAAUCAUCAAACAUUCUUCUCUCAGAUGACUUUCAACCACAGCUAUCUGAUUUUGGGCUAGCCAUAAUGGGACCUACAGAUUCAACUGAAAUAUUAGACAGUGAUGUAGUAGGGACAUUUGGGUAUAUUUCUCCGGAGUAUUUCAUGCAUGGAAGGGUCAGUGAUAAAAUUGAUAUAUAUUCUUUUGGGGUGGUUCUUCUUGAGCUGUUAUCUGGAAGAAGGCCAAUUAAUUCCAAGACCCUCACAGAAGAAGCAAGUUUGGUCAAGUGGGCAAAACCGAUACUGGAGAGCGGGGACCUAGAGGCCUUGGUGGAUCCAAAUUUGGAUGGGAAAUUUGACAGUGUUCAAAUGCAUAGAGUAGUUCUAGCAGCAACCUCCUGUAUCAAUGAGUCAGCUGAACUCCGUCCUAAAGGCAGCCAGAUACUCAAGCUAUUACGAGGGGAGAAGGACGGGGAAGAAUGGUUCAAGAUGCAUGUUAAAGAAUUGAAGGAGCGAGGGAAGAGGGAGGAUGAUGAAUUUGAUCUGCAACUUAUUUCCAAGCCAUUGCUUGAUGUGGAGGAUUAUAUUACAUCACAUAAUUGUGCAGCAGAACAAAGGAAACAUUUUACAUUGGAAGAAUACUUGAAAGGAUGACAUGGGAAUGACUGCCAUCACCGAUCUCGUCUCAUUCUUUUUAGCCUGGAAUGACGUGACCCUGGAUGGAGGCAAUUUUAGCCAACAAACUGGGGAAGCGUAAAAGUGUCUGUUGAGUUGUACUAGUACAGUAUUACUGAGGGGAUUGAUAAAUAUAAGUGCCCAUUGGCAAA